AUGUUGCGCGUGGUAAGCUGGAAUAUCAAUGGGAUCCGGAGGCGCCUGCAAAGUCUGGGAUGCCAGGUGCCCAGUAACUGUUCAACGGACUUGCGACACAUUUUGGAAGAGCUGGACGCUGAUAUUGUCUGUUUCCAGGAGACCAAAGUGACCAGAGAUGCUCUGACGGAGCCACUGGCUGUUGUUGAGGGCUAUAACUCCUAUUUCAGCUUCAGCCGCAGCCAGCGUGGCUAUUCUGGUGUAGCCACUUUCUGUAAGGACAGUGCUACUCCAGUGGCUGCUGAAGAAGGCCUGAGUGGUCUGUUUGCCAACCUGAAUGGGAAUGUUGGUUGCUAUGGAAACAUGACCGAGUUCACCCAAGAGCAGCUAAGGGCUCUAGAUAGUGAGGGCCGGGCUGUCCUCACACAGCACAAGAUUCAUACAUGGGAAGGAAAAGAGAAGCCCUUGACCCUUAUCAACGUAUACUGCCCACAUGCAGAUCCUGGGAAGCCUGAGCGGCUGACCUUUAAGAUGCAUUUCUAUCGCCUGCUGCAGAUCAGAGCAGAAGCACUCCUGGCAGCUGGCUGCCAUGUAAUAAUCCUGGGGGACCUGAAUACAGCUCACCGUCCCAUUGACCAUUGCGAUGCUGGCAGUCUAGAGUGCUUCGAAGAAGACCCAGGGCGUAAGUGGUUGGAUGGCUUGCUCAGUGACCUGGAGUGCCAGACUGGGUCACAUAUAGGGCCUUUCAUGGAUAGCUACCGUUAUUUCUAUCCAAAACAGGAGGGGGCCUUCACCUGCUGGUCAGUGAUCACUGGUGCCCGCCAUUUCAACUAUGGUGCCCGACUGGACUAUGUACUAGGAGAUAGGACUCUAAUCAUAGAUACCUUCCAAGCUGCCUUCCUGCUCCCUGAAGUGAAGGGCUCUGACCACUGCCCUGUGGGAGCUGUCUUGAAUAUGUCCUGUGUGCCAGCAAAACAGUGCCCAGCUCUGUGUACCCGUUUCCUCCCUGAGUUUUCAGGUACCCAGCUCAAGAUUCUUGGUUUCCUAGUCCCUCAUAAACAAGAACCUAUGUGGGGGCAGCAAGUCCUGCAGCCCAGCCAUCAAAUCCAGGUCCAGAAACAACAAAAAUCACAGGACCACAGGUACUCAUCCAGACCUCAAAAACGUCGAGGUGGCUCCAGAAGAUGCCAGAAAAACCUGAUGAGUUAUUUUCAGCCUUCUGUUAGUCUUCCCAAAACUUCUGUUGUAGAACUUCCUAGGCUGCCUCUCGUGGGAACUUUUAUUACCCCAAAGACUCCAGAAGAGGAUGUGAUAGCCACAACAGUGGAUGAUCAGGUCAGCGUUUCUGAGGUCGAAGAUAAAAAGGUGGUACAGACCUUGUUCUGGAAGUCUGUGUUGAGUGGGCCCUCACCCGCACCCCUCUGCAGAGGCCACAAGGAGCCAUGUGUGAUGCGGAUUGUGAAAAAACCAGGACCUAACAUGGGCCGACAUUUCUACAUAUGCGCCAGGCCACAAGGUCCUCCCGAUGACCCCUCAUCAAGCUGCAACUUCUUCCUCUGGCGCAGGCCCAGCUGA